CACACACACACACACACACACACACAAACAGGGAGCUGGGCCCAGAACUAGACCACAGGAAGCCCCCAGUGUAGGGCUGGCUGGGAUCCCAAGCCGCCCCCUGCGAGCCUGCCUCCUCUGAGUCACACUCCCAGACUCUCCUGUUGUCCUGCAGCCUCUGAGCUCCAUUCCUUGGCCUCCGGCCAUCUGGUCCAAUCUCCUGCGGCCUCUGGCCCUUGCUAUAUUUCUGCUCUUCAGCUGGGACUCUCCUGGCUUCCUCCGGUCUCUUUUCUCCUAUGUGUGCCUGAAUUCUCGGAUAACCCUUCUCUGACCUGUUUCUUAGGGUCUCCUCUGGCCUCUGACUUCUCCCUCUGCCUGGUGCCCUCUGCCUCUGAUCUCCGACUGCCCCCCCUCGCCUUUGGACCCCUUCUCCAGCCUCUGGCCUUCUUCUCUGGCUGCUGCUGGCGGACUUCCCGACUUAUGCUCCACAUAAACAAGUGAUAAGUCACACAAGUGCCCAAAGUAAGAAGAAGCAUCUCAGUCCGGUUUCUGCACCCAUUGUCUCCAGCUCCUCCAUGUGGGCACAGGCUCUCCACUGCUACAGUUGGCAAUCCCUCCAGGUCUCUGAGGCCUCUGCCCCUCCCUAGGAUUCCAGGUCAAGCUGUCCUGCAGAGCCUCUCCCCAGGGUCUGGUGCUGGUGGCCACCCCCCAAACUGAUGAGCCACAGGAAGGACCCCUCCCUCCUCAUCCCCAGCCUCUCUCUCGCCAGGGGAGCUGAUGGGAGCCCAGCUGAAUGGGGGCUUGCAGGGGUGGAAUGGGGCCAGACUCAGACUCAUGUGGCCACGAUUCCAUUCUGUAGGGGCUGAUGGAGGGCCUAUCUUGCCACAUCACCAGCCUGUCUCCUUGGGAGGCAUCGAGAUUCACGGUGAAGCACGCUGGUCUGCCAGUGACUCCCUGUGUGACCCUAGGCAAGUUCCUCACCCAUCAGAGGAGGGCAGUCACCCACAUGGGCUUAGCCUUCCAGCCCUAGGUCUUUGGUUUCCUCGCAGAUGUCCCUCGCCUUGGCGGAUCGCUCUCGGCAGAUCGCUCUCGCUGGCUCUCUCUGCUGCCCUGGGCCCACGCGGACUCCGUCGUCCUGUGGAUCCCCGGCAUUCUGGCCUCCUCUGUGGUAUCCCAAGGGUCCCGGCUGCCCAGCCACGGGAGCCAUCUCCAGGGAAUGGGCUAGAGGAGAGGAGCAGUUUUCGACAGAACACUUCCAAAGGGUACGCUCUCCAGAAGACCAGUCGUAAUUGGAGAAAUGUGCAGAAGAGGCUGCCGCUUCCUCUCCACAGACCCGCAAAGAUGGCCCAGGAGGGAAAAAAAAGGCAAAGCAAUUCCCUGUCAGACAUGGGCAAAAAUCUCAAAGUGGAGGUCGCCUUCUUCCCCGAGUCUCCCGCCUCCGUCAGCAGCUGAAGAGCUGCCUCUGGUGAGUCCUUCGCCAUCACAUUCGGUCUGUGUCCAUCCGGGUUUUUCAGUCUCUCCAACUUGUCUUUGCAUUGUUGCUUUUAUUUUAUCAAUAGUUCUUGAAUGCACCUGCUUGACCUAUAUUGGAUUACUCAAGGGAACGGGGCUGGGGGGAAGGGAGGGAGAAAAACACAAGGUUUUACAAGGGUGAAUGUUGAAAACUAUCGUUACCUGCACUUUGAAAAUAAAAAGUCACGAAAGUAGUUCUUUUUCUGCUCGC